AAACGCACUACAGAAAAAUGGCGGAUAAGUCUUUGCCAUGGGGUUUGCGAACGGACAAAUUAACCCCUGGCUCGACAAAGGCAAUAUCGGAGAGCAAAUUAAAGGCAUUUGAAGUAGGUACUAUGAAUAUUGGAAAGAAAUCUCUGUCAAAAAGAGAACAGGAGGAAAUAAAGAAAAAGCAAGAUGCACAUGCGGCAGCUCAGGUUUAUGAGGAGUUUGUGGCCUCCUUCCAGGACAGUGGCAAGCAAAGCAAGGCCUGGGUCAAGGGUGGAGUUGUCAACCCAGUGGAGAAGUCCUCACCCUCCGGGAAACCUGAGAAAAGCAAACUAUACAAACCCACCUCUAAGCUAGCAGAAUUGGCAUCAACCUUUCAGUCUGUGAAGGAAGCCAAAAAGAAGGAUGAUGAUGUUGAUGACGACAAGUAUGACAAUAGGUCGUUUACAGAUAGAUCCAGCUUCAGUGUGGGAAAGAAGAAGAAAGAAGACCAAAAGAAGAAAAGUAAUCUAGAAAUAUUUAAGGAAGAAUUAAAACAAAUACAGUUGGAGAGAGAAGAACGACAUAAGUGGAAAUCAGGUAUCAAAAAUCAGGGGUUUGACCCGGGGACGGAGCCCAUGGAGGACAGAUUUGGAAAGUAUGAAGCCUCACUAGAGCCUGGAUUUAAUAAAGCUGACAACAUGCGACUUGGUCCAUAUGAUCCCGCGGACGAAAGUACAACAAAUAUUUACGUAGGCAACAUUAAUCCAAAGAUGACUGAGCAACAGUUGUGCGAGGUAUUUGGGAGGUACGGCCCCCUUGCUAGCGUGAAAAUCAUGUGGCCACGAACAGAUGAAGAGCGCUCGAGGGGAAGGAACUGUGGUUUUGUGGCCUUCAUGAACAGAAAAGAUGGGGAGAGAGCCAUGAAUUCACUCAAAGGCAAAGAAGUGAUGCAAUUUGAAAUGAAGUUAGGUUGGGGUAAGGCUGUGCCCAUACCGCCCCAUCCGGUCUAUAUACCUCCCGCUCUAGUCGAGUUAACUCAGCCUCCACCCCCGUCUGGGUUACCAUUCAACGCCCAGCCGAGCAAGAGCAGUCGCCGACUACGAUCUGAAAAAUUAUAUGGCAAUGUGCCACCUCCAGGCUUGAACGGAUCAGUUAAAGAUGAGCCAGCAGAGGAUAUAGAGAAGACUUUAGCCAAAGCUGUUGUGAAAGUGGUAAUUCCCACAGAAAGAAAUCUUCUGUGUGUGAUACAUCGCAUGAUCGAGUUUGUUGUUCGAGAAGGUCCAAUGUUUGAAGCCAUGAUCAUGAAUCGAGAAAUCAGUAACCCGAUGUUCAGGUUCCUGUUCGACAACCAAAGUCCGGCACACCUCUACUACAGAUGGAAAAUGUUCACCAUUCUUCAGGGUGACUCGCCCUACCGGUGGAGGACUGAGGAGUUUAAGAUGUUCAAGGGUGGAUCCCUGUGGAAGCCGCCUCCCAUGAACCCCUACACCCAGGGCAUGCCGGAUGAACUGGUCCGUGAGGAUCUUACUUUCGACCAGGAAGAUGAGGUUGUCACCAAGAAGGGCCAGUUAACCGAUAGCCAAAGAGACCGGUUAGAAGACACACUGCGUGAACUCACACCAGAGCGAAUGAAGAUUGGUGAUGCCAUGGUAUGGUGCAUGGAUCAUGCUGAAGCAGCUGAGGAAAUCGUGGAAUGUAUUACAGAGUCUUUGUCCAUACUACAGACUCCCAUCCCUAAAAAGAUUGCAAGAUUGUUUUUGGUGUCCGAUAUUUUAUUUAACAGUAGUGCUAAAGUCCCCAAUGCUUCAUUCUUUAGAAAAUGUUUUCAAAUUAAAUUACGGGAAAUAUUCAAAGAUGUCCACGAGACCUAUGUAAACAUUGAUGGCAGGUUAAAAGCAGAACAGUUUAAACAAAAAGUGAUGGGUUGUUUCCGAGCUUGGGAAGACUGGGCUAUUUAUCCUAACGACUAUCUGAUAAACCUACAGAACAUCUUCCUUGGCCUCGUCCCAACAAAGGGCGUUACUACUAAAUUGCCUGGCAUUGACCACUCGGACAGUGAGGACCUAGAUGGGGCCCCUAUUGAGGACUUAGAUGGGGNUCAUGCAUUUGAUUCUGAUUUAGUUGGUGAGUACCCGAGAAAAAAUGAUCGUGAGGAGGUUCGUGGUAGGUCACCUGUAGCUCCGAAGUUCCUCAAGUCUAAGUGGGAGACUGUCGACGAUGCCGAGCUUGAGGCUCAAGCCAUGACAACGUCUAAGUGGGACCUACUGGACAACCAAGAGGAAGAGGAGGAGGAAGAGGAAAAACCCCAAGGGGAGGUCUAUGAAGAUAUUGAUGGACAACCUCUAGACGAAGAGGAAGGGUACUCCCGAGGAACAGCUUCAGACGAAGAGAGUUUCCAGGACUACUCCGAGUAUCAUCACAAACAGGAAAUGACUGAGGAGAGGAGAGCAAAACUUAGGGAGAUAGAGGUGAAAGUUAUGAAAUACCAAGACGAGCUUGAGGCUGGAAAGAGAUCAAGGAAAAAUCAUAUCCCUAUAUCACAACAGGUGGAACACUACAGAAAGAAACUACUGCAGAAGGAAACUGACUCACCGGGAAGAGAUCAACGAAAGCGCCAUCGCUCGCCGUCCUUCUCUCCUGCUUAUAGAUCCAUCUCAAGUAGUCCAAAAAGAGGCUCAAAAAGAACGAAAAGUCCUAAGAGGUCACGAAGGUCAAGGUCAAGGUCAAGGUCACCACACAAGAGGUCAACUUCCAGAAGUCCAAGUAGACAUCGUCACAAACACAAAAAAAGCAAGCAUCGGAUGUAGGGGCGGAACGGGGUGGGGUUGGGGGUUAUAUAAAGAAACAAGGGUGGGCAUUCAUUGUUGAUUUAAAGGAUUUGUGUUAAUGAAGUUUGGAAGCUUGUUCAUCAUUCUCCUAAACAUGUACAAAUGUUCUCACCUCAUGAUGCAUGAUUUGAGCUGAAAUGUUUCAUUCUGUGUACUCUGUAUAUUUUGGAUAUGUUUUGCAGCAUAAUCAUUACCUUAGAUUGAAGUUGUCAAAUUUAUCCUGAACACAUCAUUCACAGAAGACUGAACGCAAUUCCCUCUUGAUAGACUACAAUGUGUAACGACUGAUAUUGGUGAUAGGUGAUCAGAAUUGAAUUAUUAUCUUUUCACAUUCAACUUUAAUUUCUAAGCUUACAUCGCAAAAGGGCACACUGUACUUCAAAUUUUCUGAUAUGUCUGGUCAUGUGUCAAUAUUUGGUUAAAUAAUAAAAUUGACCAGUUCUGUGACGAACUCGGAAGAAACUGAGGCUAUUUAAUGUGUUUCUUGUUUUCAUAGCAAGUGUUACUUUUCUCAAUUGCAUUGAUAAGUUAAGUUUAACCUCAAAUUACUUCAAACUUAGUUUUGUUAGCUGUAUCAUGGAAAGUGCAUAUGGAGUUUAAACCUAGUAUGUAUAGUUUAAAAAAGAAAGGUCAGUUUAGAAGUUUACCAUGUCAUGUUAGUCAAGUUUGGUAAAACCAUAUGCCCAGUCUUAUUUAUAAUACAAAAUUUGGCCAUUUUCAAAAUGGUCUAUAUGACAAAAUGAUAAUUUUAGGGUUUAAUUAUUUAAAUAGGAUAUUUUCGAUAGGUAUUUGCAAUGUGAGUUGAAAGACGUUGUUCAGGUUUAAAUAUAUGCUGUAACAUUGCCAAUUUUUUAAUAGUUGGUGAAUUUGCCAGGAACAAGGUCUACAUUUCUCAAAUCUUUCACUUUAAAUAGUAACGAUGUCAAAUUAAUUCAUCUGAUCAAUUAAAAUAUUCUCAAAUAAAUUUCAAAUAGAUGAAUUAUUUUUCUAAUGUUUUUUGGACUAUUAAUGCACCUGUAAAAAUUAAAAUUUACAAUAUUUUAAUAAUGCAAUAUUUGAGGGGAUUUUUGAAAGAAUUAUUUCCCUGUAGCCAGAAUGUGAAAUUUAUUUGUAUGUUCCGUUCCCUGGUGUGGUUGGCACAGGGGUUUGCAGGAUUUAUCUUUUUGUUCAUGAACACGUAUACAGUAUGACAAUUUUUUUGAGAGAGGCACUGUUCAUAAAUGAACUUGUAAGUGCACAAUAUACAAUUUUUACAUCUUUAAGAGAAAUGUGUUGUUUCAAAGCCUUGCUGGUAAAAUUGCGUUUGAUAGCGUUUAUUCUGUAAAAUCGAAAAUUUUCGUGGGACAUUAAAUUUCGUUUAUUUCGUGGAUAACAAAAAUCCACAAAAUUAAAUCCCCACGAAAACAU